CACUUGGGUUUGUCAUCGUUCUCUUUGGUUUGCACAACCAAAAAUUAUUCUGAAGGUCUGCAAGAAGAUCAAAAAAUAAGAAACUGUAUCAAGAAUUAUGUACAAAAAAAUAUGAAAUUUUGUUCUGCUAUUGAGGGAAUUUCACGUAUAGAGAUUCAAAAACGAAUCGGCGUGAUUCAGAUCAUAAUAUAUAUUAGAUUUCCAAAAUUAUUAAUAGAGGGUAAACCUAAAAAACUCGAAGAAUUACAAAGGAAUAUCCAAGAAGAACUGAAUUGUGUGAACCAAAAGAUCAACAUUACUAUUACAAGAAUCGAAAAUCCUUACAGGCAACCUAAUAUUCUUGCAGAAUUUAUAGCCGAACAAUUAAGAAAAUAG